AGCAGUGCGUUGGAGUCACGGGCCAGACCGCGGGCAGUGUGUGUCUGUGUGUGUGUGUGUGUGUGUGUGCAGGUGCAGUGUGUGGGGGAGAGCAGUACGUUGGAGUCACAGGCAGCACAUUUCCCACGAUGCCCUCAUGGCUGAACGUCUUCGCCCUGCUCGGCAGUGCUCUCCUGCCCGUCGGGGCUCAGAAGAGGAGGUGUGCUUACCUGGCCAGUCCCAGCAACGCACUGCAUUUGAAGGAGGCGGGAAACGUGAGUGGGGCGGAGCAGCUGUGUGGCCACACCCCUUGCUGCAUGGGCUACUUUAAACUGGGCUACGGGCCCCCCAUCCCGGACCUGCUAGGGUGCAACGUGGUCCAGAUGGAGUGCCCAGAGUCCUCCUGCUUCUCCUCCCAUCACAUGGAAAACUUCACCAGCUGCGUGUGCAACACUGACUUCUGCAACGCCAAUCUCACCUGGCUGGCCCCGUCCACCCCAAGCCCCUCCCCCUGGGGGGUUAGCAGUAUCUGCAUGGUGGUGGUUCCUCUGGCUCUGUUGCUGAUUCUCUGCAUCUUCAUGUGCCACAGAUCCAUCAGGAAGGGCGUGGCAAAGCCUUCCUAUGGGAGGGUGACAUCACAGUGCUCGUGUCACGGCUUGCAGGGUUCGGACCUUGAUCUCGGCUGCAUUGAGCUUCGCCAGAUGGUUGGCCAGGGCCACUUUGCAUCAGUGUGGAGUGGGUACCUGCGGGGGGCGCCGGUGGCGGUGAAGGUGUUCCCCGCCCGCUCCAUACAGCAGUACCUGAGGGAGAGGACGGUGUACUCACUGGCCCUGCUGGAUCACGCAGGGGUGCUGCGCUUCCUGGGGGCGGGGACGGCCCCCCAGAGCAGAGACCGCUUCCUGGUGCUGGAGCUCGCCGCACAGGGCUCCCUGAGGUCCUUCCUGAGCCACAGCAGCUGCAGCUGGGCCUGCUCUCUCAGACUGGCUCAGUCCCUGUCCCACGGCCUGGCCUUCCUGCACGCAGACCUCCAGAGGAACGGGACGCACAAGCCCCCGGUGGCUCAUGGGGACCUGAGCAGCAGUAAUGCAGUGGUGCGGGCCGACGGCUCCUGUGCUCUCUGUGAUUUCGGCUGCUCCACCAUCCUGUGCUCCUGUCCCGAACAGCCGGGCUGGCAACAGCACAGAAACAUCUUCCAGGUGGGGAGCGCCCAGGUGGGGACGCUGUGCUACAUGUCCCCGGAGGUGCUGGAGGGGUGUGUGAACCUGGGCAGCAGCCGCUACCUGCUGCAGGGGGACCUUUACUCCCUGGGCCUCCUGCUUUGGGAGGUGUGGACACGCUGCCACGAACUGUACCCAGGAUCUGCCGUGCUGGAGCACCGGCUGCCGUACGAGGAGGUGCUGGGGGUCAGCCCCUCCCUCGGGGAGCUUGUGCACUGGGUGUCCGAGCGGAGGGAGCGUCCUCCCAUCCCCCUGCAGUGGGGGCAGCGCUUCCAGGAGCAGGGCAUUUACACCAUCAGGGAGAUCCUGGAGGACUGCUGGGACCACGACCCCGAGGCCCGACUGACCGCCCAGGGUGCCGCCGAGCGAUUGGCUACCCUCGCGCCCUGACGGCGUGUGAUUGGUGGUUGACCCCUCUACAGCUGGGGUUGCAGGUGCCCAUGAAGGGAAGCCCUGUUCAUUUUCACAUUUUUCACCGAGCGCCACUUUGGCGACAGACAAACUGUCGGAGCCCUGUCUCUGGAAACGAUGAGGCUGGUCACCUGACCGUUCCCACCACAACACACCUGUACCUGCUCUACAGAUCUCUCUCUAUAACACAGCCAUAUGUCACACUUAUAAUACAGAUCUCUCUCUGUAACACAACCAUAUCUCACACUUAUAAUACAGAUCUCUCUCUAUAACAGCCAUACUGUAUCUCACACUUAUAAUACAGAUCUCUCUAUAACAGCCAUACUGUAUCUCACACUUAUAAUACAGAUCUCUCUCUAUAACAGCCAUACUGUAUCUCACACUUAUAAUACAGAUCUCUCUCUAUAACAGCCAUAUGUCACACUUGUAAACACAUGUAUCUGGUCUAUAGAUCUCUCACUCUUUGGUUCCACGGUUUGGUUUUCUUUGUUUUUCAUAUUUAAUUAAAGUGCUUUUGUGAUGACUGGUUAAUUUUUUAUGUUGGGAAAAUCUAAAAUAUGAAUUGUGAUUGGUCAGAAUAAAUGGGCAGCUGGCUUUCCUCCUCCCCCACUGUAAACUGCAGGAUUGUAUCAGGUACAGCACACAGGUUGUUAUAUGUGCCUUUUUUUCCACACUUAAAAUUCUGUGAGCAAGCGGUAACCGCAGGUCCUUCUUCCUGAUGUCCUUGAACCCGAGCUACUCGGUUACUGUGGUUACAGAUACAAAUGUACACAGAAAAACUGACCGAGUACAAGGGGAUGUUAGGAAUUAUUACACACUGCAGGAACGUGUCUCUCUCUGCCUCUCUAUCCCUCCACCUCUCUAUCUCAGGAAGUGCUGCUUGUGUACUGACUCACAGGAAGUGCUACUUGUGUACUGACUCACAGGAAGUGCUGCUUGUGUACUGACUCACAGGAAGUGCUGUUUGUGUCCUGACUCACAGGAAGCGCUUUCUGUGUCCUGACUCGCUGUCAGUCUCUGCAGAGUGAAGUGCCACACAGAGCUAAUUUUCCAAAAAAGUGCCAGUCCAGUUUCUCUGCUCUACUACAGGGUGUUCCUUCUCCGGGUUAAUUUAGAGACUGGGGCGGCAUGGUGGUGCAAUGGGUAGUGCUGUCGUCUCACAGCAAGAAGGUCACGGGUUUGAGUCCCAACCUUGCCUUUUCUGUGUGGAGUUUGCACGUUCUCCUUGUGUUCGUGUGGGUUUCCUCUGGGUACUCCGGGUUCCUCCCACAGUACAAAGAUGUGCAGGUAGGCUAAUAGGAGACUCCAAAUUGCCCCUAGGUAUGAGUGUGUGAGUGAGGUGUGUGCUCUGAUUGACCCUGAUUGGGUAGACUGGCGACCUGUCCAGGGUGUAUUCCUGCCUCUAGCCCAGCAUGCAGGGAUAGGCUCCAGCAGGCUCCAGACUAGCUCCAGCACCCCCCGCGACCUUGACCAGGAUAAGCGGGUAUAGAUAAAAAGAUGAGUGGAUUUCAAGACUGGAAAAGAACAAACAAUGAACAUCAUUUUAAAUUACGGUGUCUCCAGUGGAGAUCAUGUCUCAUCUGCUUAUUCUGUGUGGAGUUAUUUUAAUGCAACAGCAGCUCUGUGUAUAUCUCAGUGUUAUAUGGGUCUCUCCCACUCAGAUGCGCUCUGUGCUCUGGCAGUGGAGGAGAACAUCUGUUCCAUGUUGAGCGGGUUCCUUCCAUUCGCUUGUCUUUUUCAAUUUGUGAAGCUGUGAAGGGAUUGCCUCCUGUUUACCAAAGAGAGUGCACAAGUGUGUCAAGAACAAAGCAGACCACUGGCAUUGCUUAUGGAACAUCUAACCACAAACAAGAUGUUUUUGCACAUAUUCAGUGGUCUGCUACAACACUGUAGCCAUAAUAUUUGGAGAUGGGGGUUUAGGAAGCUCAGACCGAGGGAAGAUAGCUGAGUUAUUAUUCCCUGUCAGUACAAAAAUACACAGCUUGCCUCACCAGCCUUUUCCAUGCAGCUCACAACGAGGGUGGACUGCCUUACUUGAGUACAGAAUUUUCACUUGGUUGUUGAAUUUUGGCCACUUCACUGUUUUUCAUCUGGGAAGAGUUUUGAAGAAGUCUGCAAAACAGCAGUUAAAAACUGCUGAAAUGUUUAGGAUCCUUUUCCAUACUGUUUUUUUUUGUGUGUGUAUGUGCAUUUGUUUUAUUUCUGUUCCCUUUCUCUUUUUUUAAACAUUGUCAUUAAUACAGUUUAAAAAACAUUUUAAUGUUUACUGUGCUGUACCUUCACUCCGAUAACUCAUGGUUAUAUCAUUGUGUCAAAUAUCACAAUAAAUAUUUGUAGGAAAAAAUCAUACUUGAUAUCUUAAAUUAUCCCCAUAUCAAAUAUUAAGACCAUGAUUAAAAAUUAUUGAGCACUGUACUAUUUAGUUGGAAUAAUUACCAUGAUAAACUGAUUGUUUUGGUCUUGACAACAUACAUAAAUUAACAUUGUUACCAUCGUCUGUAAUUAUAAGGUUCUUUUUUGGUGGUUAAUAAGCCAUUAUUAUGAUAAACAAGUAUUUGUCAUAAGUAUUUAU